UGUUACUCUCCCUCCAUCUAGUUGUGAUUGUUUUCCUUCAUUGGUAGCCUUUCCGUUUAUUAUUAUUUUUGUCAUUUUAAUUAACUUAAUAUUUUAUUGGGUUGAUGUUUCAUAAUUAAAGUGAACAAUGACGGAUCUUGAUAAAUGGUUAGAAAUAACGAAAGAAUGUAGAUAUCUUCCAGAAAAUGAUUUAAAGCAACUAUGUGAUGCUGUAAGUGAAAUAUUGCUCGAGGAAAGCAAUAUCCAAUCUGUCAGUACACCGGUAACUAUCUGUGGGGACAUUCAUGGACAAUUUUAUGAUCUCCAAGAAUUAUUUCGUACGGGUGGAGAAGUAGGGGAUACAAAUUAUAUCUUCUUGGGGGAUUUUGUGGACAGAGGCUACUUCAGUUUAGAAACUCUAACUAGACUUUUAUUAUUGAAAGCUAGAUAUCCAGAGAAAAUCACUCUACUCCGUGGUAAUCAUGAAAGCAGACAAAUUACAAGGGUUUACGGCUUUUAUGAUGAAUGUUUAGCUAAAUAUGGUAAUGCAAAUGGAUGGAAGUAUUGUUGUAAAGUUUUUGAUCUCUUAAAUAUAGCUGCAAUAAUUGAUGAUAAAAUCCUCUGUGUUCAUGGAGGAUUAUCUCCUGAAAUUAACUUAUUAGAUCAAGUUCGAACCAUUGAAAGGAACCAGGAAAUACCUUAUAAAGGUGCAUUCUGUGAUCUCGUUUGGUCCGAUCCUGAUGAAAUUGAUACUUGGUCUGUUAGUCCUAGAGGAGCUGGUUGGCUCUUUGGUUUUAAAGUCACAAAUGAGUUUAUGCAUAUGAAUGAUCUCAAGUUAAUUUGUCGAGCUCAUCAACUGGUACAAGAAGGGUACAAAUACAUGUUCGAUCAACAAUUGGUAACAGUCUGGUCUGCACCCAACUAUUGUUAUCGCUGUGGCAAUGUUGCUGCAAUUCUUUCCUUCCAAGAUGCUAACACUAGUUCAGUCAAAAUAUUCUCAGCAGUACCAGAUCAUGAGAGGGAGGUUCCUAAAAGUAUUAUUACUCCUUAUUUUCUAUGAUCAUUGUGUAAAUGUACAAAAUCAUAUUUAUAAUUAGUGCAAAUCUAAUAAUCAUGGUUUGAUAGUCAGUUAAAGGGUUUUCUUUGUUAAUAAGAGCAUGAAAUUUUACGCGUGAUCACAAUAUCGAUGAAAAUGACCUUUCAGCUACAUAAACUAUGAGUGUGAAAUCAUAACGAUAAUGUUGCUGAACUGACAGUAUAAGAAACAAAAGUCAACAUUCUUUGUUUUUUUUUCUUUGUUAUUAUCAUGUUUUCUUUUUUUUCAUACAUGUAUUAAGGAAGAUGCUUACAAAAGAUGAAUAAUUAUUUUAAUUCUCUAUUCAGUGCAAAUAAAUGCUCACCAGUCAAUGAAAGUUAAUACCGACCAAAUCAAUUUUUCGCUCUAAUUUCAUCUGCAAACUUUUACCCUUUACUUCUCCCUAAGAUCCUCAAGAAUCAGCUACUAAUUCAAGAGAUUUAAUACACUUCAAUAAUAAGCUGAUUUUCUAAGUUGUUUUAAUUUUC